AUGCAGCUCUACGGCCUCCUCAUCUUUGCCAACCCCCCCGGCGCGCCCGCCGUACCCCUCACGACGGCCUGGGAGCUCGGGAGCUUCGGCUGGCUGCAGAGGGGAACCGUGCAGGACAUGAUGGGCUUCAUGGCCAAGACGGUCGCCGAGCGCACCAAGCCGACGCAGCGCCAGAGCGUGCAGGAGAACUCGUACGUGGCCCACGUCCACAGCCGACCGGCCUCGGACGGCAUCUGCGGCGUCCUCAUCUCGGACACCGAGUACCCCGUCCGCGUCGCCUUUUCGCUCCUCAACAAGACGCUCGACGAGUUCGUCAUCAAGGUGCAAAAGAGCCAGUGGGAGUCGCGCGUCAACGCCAUCACCACCGGCUCGGCCACUGCCCCGCCAAAGGGAGAGGCCGUCCUCGGCAUCAGCGCCUUUCCCCAGGCCGCCGACUACAUCAAGCGCUACCAGGACCCGAGGCAGGCCGACACCAUCAUGAAGGUCCAGCAGGAGCUCGACGAGACCAAGAUUGUGCUGCACAAGACCAUCGACUCGGUGCUGCAGCGUGGAGAGGACCUCGACAAGCUCGUCGAGAAGAGCGGUACGCUGAGCGAGCAGAGCAAGAUGUUCUACAAGACGGCAAAGAAGAUUCCUGCUGUGUUGUCAUGUAGACGUCGGGCCUCGUACUGCACGGCGCUGCCGUCGUCGGCGCCCCUCUGUGUGGCGUACCGCCUGGCCGCGCUCCCUCCCAUCCGCCCAUCCGCGCAAGCCGAGUUUGGCUGCGCACGCAUGCUCGAGCUGCUUUGUGCAGCCUUGCCGCCUUGA